AAAAAAAAAAAAAAGGAAGAUCGAAAUGGCGAUGAGGAGAAUCUACAGUGAAAUCAAAGGGAAGAAAGUGAAGGAGCUUCCCGCCUACAUCAAAUCAACGUUUUCAGUCGAAACCGUGAAGACAUCUGUGAGGAAAAGUCUCGAUAACUACAACGACAAGUACAUCCAGACUAGCUCCGUGGAACCUCUCCUUCACAUCUGCUUCGGAGGAAUGGCCUUCUCUUACCUCGUCGCUCUCCCAAAUGAGCGUCGUCAUCUCGAGCACCAGCAGCAUGCUAAGGAGCACGGUGGCCAUUGAUCUCGACCGAAUCUUUUUCGAGAUAUGUUGAUUUGAAGUCUUUCUGCGAUGGUGACGACUCAAGAUUGUGUCUCUUUUUUGUUUCUUUUUUCUUGAAAUUUUCCUGGAUAUUGUUGAACAAAACAAAAGGAAAACACUUUCUUUUUGAUUUGCACUUGAUAGAGGCAAAUAACUGAAGCAUGAUAUUGAUGAAUAAUAAAACUGUUUUCUUACGUGAGAAACCGUGAGUGAAGCUUUUAAGCUUUUCGUUUUUGUUAUAUUAGUGUUUCGGUUCGAUCUGUUCUAUACUUGGAUCAAGUGGAAAAUAGUGUAUUAUCGAAAAUUAUUUAUCAAUCUGAGAAAAUAUCAGGA